AUGUCUAAGCUUAGCUUGGACUCGACGCUUCCUCUCCCCAACUCCUCGCACAAGAUCCCCCAGCUUGGCUUUGGCGUCUACCAGUCCCCGCCUGAGACAUGCAUUAAGUCUUGUCUUACAGCCCUCAAGGCUGGCUACCGCCACAUCGAUACGGCGCAGUACUACGCGAACGAAGAGCAGGUCGGCCAGGCAGUGCGGGAAUCUGGUCUCAAGCGCGAGGAGAUCUACCUCACGACCAAGAUCCUCAGCCCGGGCAGCGACGUCGAGUCGACAUACAAGUUCGUGUUGGAGAGUGUCGAGAAGCUCGCAGGUAAGGAUGGAUACGUGGACCUCUUCCUCAUUCACAGCCCUAACGCGGGUCCCGAGAAGAGGAAGCUGAUGUGGCUUGCGCUGGAGAAGGCCAAGGCUGAAGGCAAGGCGCGCGAGAUUGGCGUCAGCAACUACGGCAUCGGACAUAUCGAGGAGAUCAAGAGCAUCGGCAAGGUCUGGCCGCCAGCCAUCAACCAGAUCGAGCUCCAUCCCUGGUGCCAGCAAAAAGACGCCGUCAAGUACUGCCACGACAACAACAUCGUCGUCGAAGCCUACUGCCCACUAGUCCGCAACCAAAAAGCCUCUGACCCGACCCUCCAGCGCCUCGCCAAGAAACAUAGCGUGUCCGACGCCCAGAUCCUCGUCCGCUGGAGUCUGCAGCGCGGCUUCGUCCCGCUCCCCAAGAGCGACACGCCCUCGCGCAUCGAGUCCAACGCAGCGCUCUACGCCUUCGAGCUUGACGCCGACGACAUGGCCGCGCUCGAUGGCCUGGACCAGGCCGAGCAGGGCGCCCUCGUGCAAGCAGUCACUAACGAGUAG